ACAAUAUGACAUUGACAUUACAAUCUGGCCUAUUAUAAUAUAAGCACAAUGCCUGGCAUCAAUGAGUUUAUUUAAGAACCUGUGGGGGGAGCCACAUCCUGCCCUUCCUCGAGCCCACCAAACAAACACAUCAAACUCCUGCAACGGGAAACAACCUGUUCACCGCUCCCACAUUCCUGCAGCAAUGAUGGCGUCAUGAAGUGUUCCUCAAACAAAUUCCGAUACAGACAUCAAAUCCUCAUCAUCCACAGGACUGAGCUCCAAACUCCUGACGCUUCUUACAGCAGAUCCAUCAUGAUGUUGGAAAUCUACCUGGUAAUGACAGUUGCUGCCAGUGCUGUUUCUCAAGAGGCAGAAGAGCCCGUAUCAUAUACGCAGUGCACAGAAGGCUAUGAAUAUGAUCCCAUUAAAGAGGUAUGCAAAGAUAUUGAUGAGUGUGCCCUUGUCUCUGAUGCCUGCAAAGGUGGCAUGAAGUGCAUAAACCACUAUGGCGGCUACCUCUGCCUCCCUCAGAAUGCCCAGAUAUUUGUCACUAAUGGAGACGAAUCAUCCCAGCGCACAGACCCUAUUCCCCAAACCCCCCUGAACCCUCUGAACCCCACUAACCCACAAACACGCACCCAGUCAAACCUCAGAGGUGUAGCAGCUGGAGCCUCACAGUGCUUGCCGGGUUUUACACUGGAUGAGCAAAACUACUGCCACGAUGUAGAUGAAUGUUCCCAAGGCCUACACACCUGCAAUGCAGACCAGAUCUGCUACAACACAAGAGGCUCCUACACCUGUCAGUGUCAUCCUGGAUACCAGAAACAUGGAGAACAGUGUGUGGAUAGAAAUGAGUGUAUGCUAUCACACUACUGCAUGCACAGAUGUGUGAACACUGCUGGCUCGUAUUACUGUGAGUGUAAAGAUGGCUACCAGCUCGCCAGCAACAACCACAGCUGUGUAGAUGUGAACGAGUGUGAUCUGACUCAGUCGUGCCAACAUCAGUGUUUCAACCUCUUGGGCUCGUAUAUCUGUCAGUGUGAUCAGGGUUAUGAACUCGCGCCGGAUUCAGUCUCUUGUGUGGACAUCGACGAGUGUGCAUUCUCCAGCUACAUGUGCCAGUAUGUGUGUAUUAACAGCCCGGGUGGAUAUUCCUGCAUCUGCCCCGAGGGAUAUCAGCUGCAGAGAACAAGAAUGUGUCAAGACAUCAAUGAGUGUGACACAGUUCACGAGUGUAGGGAAGAUGAGAUGUGUUGGAACUAUUACGGAGGUCAUCGCUGUUACCCUCAGAACCCGUGUCAGGAGCCUUACGUGCUGACGUCGGAAAACCGGUGUUCGUGCCAGUCUGCGGGUGCGUGUCGAGGCCUGCCGCAGUCUAUCAUUUACAAAUACAUGAGCAUUCAUUCAGAGCGCACCGUACCAGCAGAUAUCUUCCAGAUUCAAGCCACAAACAUCUUCUCCAGUGCACACUACACCUUCAGGAUUAAAGCUGGCAACGAUGGAGGAGAGUUCUUCCUUAGGGCCCCUGGAGAUGAACACCACUGGUUUCCAUGUUCCAUCUGCCUGUUUUUACUCAGAACACCCCCCAGGCCUAAGGAGGAGGCAUCUGCAGCGACACAUGUCUCAGCUGACAGUGAGUAUGAGGCCAACACCUGACGAGAGCUCAAUUCAGCUUUCAAUUUCUGAAUUGCCUCCUUUUGUGGUAUGACCAUUCAUUUUUCUCACUAAGCAGGUCUUUGAGUGGACGGGUGUACAAUGCAAGGUGAGGUAAAAUUUUCCUAGAUAAUUAUCCAUGCCCAGCAGUCUCCGCACUCCUUCCACCCCAGUUGG